GAUGGCAACGUGAACUUUCCCGUGGGAUGGGUGCCGCCCGAGGAGAAGCCGCCCGGCGACGAAGAUGAGGAAGCCGUCGAAGAUUCUCCGGCAGAAGAGGCGGGCCCGGGCAUCAAGUUCCAAGGGGACCCUGGCCCUGAGAUACACCUGGACUUGUAUCAGUCUCUUAGUGACCUUGCGCAGGCCACGGAUCAGCAGAUCUAUGACCUGGUUGAGGCUAAUGUCGCACCGCUUCCUGUCCUUCGGCAAACCCUAGAGGUGUGGCGAGCGCAGGCCACGCUUGAGGAACUUGCUUCCGCCUGUGCCGACGUCCUCCUGGUGCUCCACCCGGAACACCUUUGUGACAAGGUUGCCGGCAAGGCAAGUGAGGAUGGAGAUGAGACUUUGCCUGAUGAUUUCUUUCACCCUGACAUUACCCCUCCGUGCUUCGCACCGGCUUGUGAACUUAGGUCCCUGUCGGUGACCUCCUGGCCGGUACUAUCACGCCUGCCUCUGGAUUUUGCGUCUCUUUCCCGGCACCGCCUUCCGCAAUUCCGCCCCUUCUUGCCCCAUGUCCUGGCCCUGUCCACCUGCUUCGUGGAGCUAGGCAGUGGAUCGAGGGGGUUUUACGCCUUUCAGGAUGCCUUGUCCAAUAUGCCAUUUCCCGCGUACCAGUACGACUGGUUUUCCCGGUUGGGGCACAUGACUUGA